AUAACCUCACAAUUUGUUUUCCACUUUUCUCAUUCAAUUUUUGUGGAAAUAUUGUGCAAAUUUUCUUUCUAUUCUAAAUCAAGACCAUCCAGCAUGAAUUCCGAAGAAGCCAUCAAUGCUGCAGACCUUUUAUUAAGAGAACCAACAACUGCCAAGAUAAGUGUUACUAAAGAUCUUCCAAAGCCAGCCAUAGUAAAGCAAGAGCUACAAUUUCUCAGGUUAACGGACCCAAUACAAGAACAAAUAUUAGACACUUUGAAAUACAUCCAUGGAAGUGAUUUUAAACUAAACAGUAUUUACGACUACAAUGACACCAAAUCAAACCUCCUAAAAAAAUACUGGGUAGGACGAGGUAGUCUUGUAGUCAAAGGCGGCUGUGAUUAUUCUCAAAUUAAAGACAGUUCUUCGGAAGAAGUGGAACGUUUAAAGUUGUUUGCUAUAAUGCGGCUUCAAAGUUACGGGUUUCACGAGAGUCACUGCCUGGAAGCUUUCACCUACUGCCAAAAUUCCGUCGAAGAUGCGCUGCACCUUUUGUAUUUUAAAUAUUUGAAAAUUAAAGACCACAUAGCUGUGGAUCACGGGUUGAGUGAGGCGGAGCUUUUAGAUAUGAGGGUGGAUGAAAAAAGCUCUUUAGAAUCAAUUUAUGAGAAUAGUUUCAAGGCAAAAGCUGAGGGUGUUUGGAUAGUUACUUUACAAGCAGAUUAUUUAUUUAAUAUGUUUCACCAUAAAGAACCAAAAAAGGUUGUGAGUGAGAAAAAAGGCAAACAAAAGUGUAAAAAUUUUAUAAUGGGCAUUCCGUGUAAGUUUGGCAAUAAAUGCCGCUUUUCACAUGAAGCUGACAUAGUUGAAAAAAACGUUAAUAAUCACUUAGACUCGCAUUUAUUUGAAUUAGAAUUCCGUUUUCCAAAAACCUCCAAAUACCCUUAUGAAGCCCCAAUUAUAUUUUUAAAAUCCAACGUUUGUCUUCCACCCUUAAUGCCUUUGCACAUCUGCAAACGAUUAUAUCAGGAAGCUGAAUCUUUGGCUCUAGAUGGCAUUCCCAGUGUUUACACUGUAACUGAAUUAUUCAAAAAUGAAGAUGACAUCAAGGAGCUAUUAAAAAGUGAUAUAGAAUUUCUAGACCCUAGACAAAAAUUAUUCUCCAAUGAAAAAAUCAUAUUGGAAUCUAGGAAAGCUAGGCCGAAACAUUAUAGAAAAGGCGCUACGAAUAGGGACAAUAAAAGGCAACUGACUUUAGAAGAGAUUGUCAAAGAAGAUAGGAAAAUAAUCAAAGAUUUCGAACAGAAAAGUACAAACCCAAAAUACAACCAGAUGGUGGCUGCGAGGAAAAAACUGCCCGCGUGGACCCUCAAACAUGACAUCUUAAACUCCAUAAAACAGUCCCAAGUGGUGGUUAUUAGUGGAGAGACUGGGUGCGGUAAGAGUACGCAAGUACCUCAGUUUAUUCUCGACGAAUGGAUAGGUAAUUACAAUAACGAACAUUUGGAAAUUGUUUGUACACAACCUAGGCGAAUUUCGGCCAUUGGAGUUGCGGAAAGGGUAGCAGACGAAAGAGCAGAACGUAUAGGUUUGACUGUGGGCUACCAAAUAAGAUUGGAAAGCAAAAUUUCGUCAAGCACCAGACUCACUUUUUGCACUACUGGUAUUUUAUUGCGUAGAUUAGAAGGUGAACCAACACUGCCAAAUGUUACUCACAUUAUCGUUGAUGAAGUGCACGAAAGAAGCGAAGAAAGCGAUUUUCUUCUAUUAAUACUCAAAGACCUUCUACCUCUCCGUCCCGACUUAAAAGUAAUCCUCAUGAGUGCCACGUUGAACGCGACUUUAUUUUCAACCUAUUUUGGAGAAAUUCCUUUGAUUGAUAUACCAGGCAGAACGUUUCCUGUGGAACAGUAUUUUUUGGAAGAUAUUUUAGAAGAAACUGGCUAUGUUUUGGAGGACGGUUCUGAGUAUUGUAGAAAAAUUAAUAAUGACUCGGAAUAUAUCGAGGCCAUGAUGGCCGAACACGAAUUGGGCGCCAAUAAACCAAAAGAUAAUAUUAAAGAUGAAAAUUUGAAUGUACAACAAGUUGUUGCAAGAUAUGAAAAUUUUAGCUUAAAAACGUGCAAAAAUCUCUUUUUAAUGGACCCAGACAAAAUCAACAACGACUUAAUCGAAAACGUCCUUGUGUGGAUUGUAAGAGGCAAUCACAACUACCCAAAAACGACCGGGACAAUUUUAAUUUUCCUUCCCGGUAUCGGCGAAAUUACUGCUCUAUACGACCAAUUAGUUGUACAUGAAGAAUUCGGUAAACGCAAAGGAAAAUACUUGAUUCUACCCUUGCACUCUUCAUUGACCAGUGAAGAACAAGCAGCGAUUUUUGUGAAACCCAAAAAUGGUCAAAGAAAAAUCGUAAUUUCGACAAAUAUUGCGGAAACUUCUGUGACAAUAGACGAUUGCGUUUUCGUAAUUGAUUCGGGAAAAAUGAAGGAAAAGCAUUUUGAUUCCAAUAGGAACAUGGAGAGCUUAGAAACUGUUUGGGUGACUCAAGCCAAUGCCAUGCAAAGAAAAGGCAGAGCGGGUAGAGUGAGGUCAGGAAUUUGUGUGCAUUUGUACACUGGGCAUAGGUUUAAACAUCAAUUUUUGAAGCAACCUAUUCCAGAGUUGCACAGAAUACCUUUGGAGCAAUUGAUUUUGAAUAUCAAAGUUUUACCUGGGUUUUAUGACAAAGAAAUUGGCGAUGUUUUAGGCUCCUUCAUUGAACCUCCAAUUUUAGAAAACGUCUUCUCAGCCAUAAGAAGAUUGGAAAGUGUAGGGGCCUUAGACAAAGACGAUAAUCUAACUCCGCUUGGUCACCACUUGGCCGCUCUACCUGUAGACGUACGAAUAGGCAAAUUAAUGCUAUACGGAGCUAUUUUUGGUUGCUUAGACGCUGCUUUGACGAUGGCUGCUUGCCUGAGCUACAAAAACCCGUUCGUAUCUCCUUUUGGCAAACGCGACGAAGCCAAUAAGAAAAAACAAACAUUCUCUGCAGGAUUCAGUGAUCAGGUUACAGUUUUGAUGGCUUACAAGAAAUAUUUGACGAUGAACCAAAAAAGCGCUGCGGCGGCGAGGAAUUUUGCCAACGAAAAUUUCUUGUCCUACAGAACAAUGCAAACAAUAGCGGACAUAAAAUAUCAAUUUUUGGAGUUUCUGGUUGAUAUUGGGUUUGUGCCAAUUAAUUUGAGCGGCAAAAGGCGACGCACCGGACAGGAUAUUGUUAUGGACGUUACUGGAUCUGAGUUGAAUGUUAACGGUGAGAACUUGAGACUAUUAGCAUCAGUACUUUGCGCCGCCCUGUAUCCGAACAUCGUGAAAAUUCUGACGCCCUCGAAAACCUUUAUACAGAGUUCGGUUGGAGCGGUGCCAAAGGAAAACGAGGCCAAAGACAUCAAGUUUGCCACUCCCAAGGAAAUGGUUUUUAUGCACCCGAGUUCGGUCAAUUACAUUGUGAAAAAUUUCCCCAGUCCUUACAUGGUUUACCAAGAAAAAGUGCGGACCAGUAAAGUUUUCUUUAGGGAUUGUACUAUGGUGCCGAUUAUUCCGUUGGUAUUGUUUUCGGGCGAUUUAGAUAUUAUGGUUCAAAAUGGUAAUACGUUUUUGACUAUGGAGGAUGGAUGGAUUUUGUUUCAAGUUGAAGAGCAUAAGAUUGCAGAAAUGAUUAAAAUGAUUAGAGUGGAGCUUUAUAAUCUUCUAGAAGAAAAAAUUAAAGAUCCCUUGUUGGAUUUAAUGCACAACGAUCACGGUGAACGAGUUAUAUCAACAAUUUUGAAACUAAUUACUUUGUGAUAAAUUUUGUUAUUUAUGUAUUUAUUUAAUAAACGUUAAUUUUUGUAG